AUGUCCUGCCCGAAACCCGUUCCCAACGAUUCCGGUUGUCACUGGCGCGAAGUACCACUUGGACGUGUCGAAAGGAAAGUUUCGUGUGUUGUAAACUUUUUUCGCGAGCCGCGGAAUGGCGGCGCGGUGUACGCUGUUACGUGCUCACCCGGCGACGGCGCAAAACAUACUGACGCGAGUAACUGGCUUAGUGUGCUCGCCGAAGCCUUCUCUACGUCACGCGCGCCGCUGUGUGAGUGA